AUGGUCAGUAACCCGCGUCAAGUCUUGCGCUACAAGCCGUUGCAACCCCACCUCAAGGAAAUCCGCCUCUUCCGGCUGAAACCGAGAAACUAUCGGCCAUCCUCAUGUCCGUGGUUUCUCGUCAAUGUAGCCAUAUUUGGCGAACUCGAGCACGUCUCGAGAGAUGAUAGCGUCAUGUACACCGCACUUUCAUAUGCGUGGGGUGAUGGUGUCAGAAAUCGUAUCGGCGUCGGACAGGAAGAGUUGUACAUCAGUACCAAUUUGGAAGACGCUCUGCUGCAGCUACAAGACGAUAACGAAGAUGUGCUGUUAUGGGCAGACCAGAUUUGCAUCAAUCAACAAGAUAAAGAGGAAAGGAGCGAACAGGUGCAGCAGAUGAGAGAGAUAUAUGCUGAGGCUGAACGGACCGUUGCUUGGCUUGGGCUGGCGGCUGAUGAGAGUGACUUGGCGAUCAAUCUAUUGAGCAAAAUGAGCAGAGGUAUAGGUGAAGAGGAAGAAUUGGAUCUUUCCCGUAUUACGGAUCCCGUAAGACUUGCCAUCAUCUCUACAGCAUUUGAUCGACUAUGCAAGCGGUCAUACUGGCACAGACUCUGGGUUAUUCAGGAGUUCGCGGUUGCACGUCAAGUUGAUGUUAUGUGCGGUGCCUCAAGCAUUCCAAGUCACAAGCUUCACUACGUGCUUGACGCUUUCAACAGAGUUCCAGGUUAUAUUUUCGAUUCUGAUGAAUACAAUCUCAAGAGAACCGACACGAACAGCGAGGAAGUAAAGACCGCAAAUGCCGUAUUUAAGGAUUUAAGGUCGGCUACAAAAUCUUCCUUGGAGAACAUUGUGUAUCACCGACACGCGUAUCAGUGGGUGCAGCAAAAAGGGAUGUCCCUCUUCCACAUCCUCACAUCGACUCUUGUAUCAGGACCAAAGUACGACCCUCCACAAUGCUCCGAGCCAAGAGACAGCAUAUUUGCGCUCCUGGGACUCACUGAUGACGCCACAGAAUUCAGCGAAUUUCCCAAUUAUACGAUAAGUUGCAAGGACGUCUACACGAAAACAACGAUAAGGCUUUUAGAGCAAGGCCAUAUCGGUUUUCUCUCCUACUGCCAAUUCCCCAUGGACAAGCAGAUAGGCGUUCCUAGCUGGGUUCCGGACUGGCGUUUGAAGAUUUGCAGACCAAGUAUACGAAGCUUGUUGACACGAGAUGGGCCAUUUUCGGCAUCAGGAAAGAGCGUCUUACGGCAGAUGGUAUCUCAUAGAGACUCUCAUUUGCUUACUUUGAGAGGCAUCCGCGUUGAUACUGUCGAAGAAUUUGGAAGUGUUUGGGUUCCUGAGCAGAUGAAAGGCUCUCGGCCUCAACAAGAGAGCGCUCUUCAAUACCUCGCUGAAAUCAGGGCUUUCGUUGCUCAGUCCCCUCGAAUCAGUCCUGGAGGCGAGGACUUCCAUGCCUCACGAAUUGCGGUGGCGGACUUCCAUGGCAGUGCCAAUAUCCCACAACUUUGGGAAAGAGCCCAUACCGGGUGUCUCCAACUACUUGGCGAGUCGAAACUAGAAGUCUUCUAUGAGAGGUCGCUGAAUGCUGUCCAUUCAGUACGGCCGUUCAUUUCGACGUCUGGAUUCGUUGGGCUUGCGCCGCUGCGCGUUCAAGUUGGAGACGUGGUUUGCAUCCUCCUAGGUGGAGAUGUUCCAUACUUGUUACGGAAAUGCGGUGAGAGUUAUAUUCUAGUUGGUGAAGCCUACGUGCAUGGUAUCAUGUACGGGGAACAUACGGCUGGUUCUCCCAACGUUGAGGACUUCACACUGAAGUGAAUUGUUUGGCCGAUACGGGAAGUGAUGCAUUAGAUUAAGUUAGUAACUCUACGGUGUUUCAAGAGAGGGGGGGUCCUUUCUUUGAGGGUUCUUCACAAUCUGAAUAUAGAGCCAUAGCCUUCUCUUCCGGCUUAGUGCGCAAAACUUUAGAUCCACGACCACUACAGCUAAGCUGCAGCAACUUCGUAGUGCAGCCGUGUUUGGCGAACUCGAGCACGUCUCGAGAGAUGACAAUGUCGUAUAUACCGCGCUAUCGUAUGUGUGGGGUCAUGGCAUCACGAAUCGUAUUGGCGUCGGACAAGAAGAGCUGUACAUCAGUGUCAAUUUGGAAGACGCUCUGCGACAGCUACAAGAUGAGGAGGGAGAUGUGCUGUUAUGGGCAGACCAAAUAACCCUGAGGGCGCAGUCCGACAAUCUGACUUAAUAUUCUUUGCUAAGGUGAGUG